UAUUCUAUAUAUCUAAUGGAUUUUGGUUGUUUAGAUGGACUACUCCUCUGUUCAAACAACAACAAUAAGAAUAACAAUAAUACUAAUAGUAACACUCUGAUUUCUGGUUAUUAUGAUUUGGAUCCAAAAUCAUAUGUUGGUUUUAAACAUGAAAGGUCUCUUUCUAGUCACAAUACUCAAGAUUUAAAAGUUGCUAAAACCACUCAAGAUUGUUUCUCAAAGACAAUGCUACAACAACAACAACAAACACAGAGAUCUAACAGUGGUUCAGCAGCUGUUUUUUCUGAUUCACAGAACAUGCUUAGCUUUUCUUCACCAAACAAUACUCAACAACAACAACAACAGUCUUCCACAUUCCCUUACUAUGCUAGAAACAACAAUACUGGUAAUGGAAUAAGAGGGGUAAUAACAGGGGUGAGAGGCCCAUUCACACCAUCACAAUGGAUGGAGUUAGAACAUCAAGCAUUGAUCUACAAAUAUAUAACUGUUAAUGCACCCAUUCCUUCUAAUCUCCUUAUUCCCAUCAGAAAAGCCCUUGAAUCUGCCACAUUUUCUUCAUAUCCUAGACAUUCUACUUAUGGAUGGGGUGGAUUUCAUUUUGGGUUCUCAAAUAACUCUGAUCCGGAGCCCGGGAGAUGUAGGAGAACAGAUGGGAAGAAAUGGAGGUGUUCUAGAGACGCUGUUGCGGAUCAGAAGUACUGUGAGCGGCAUAUGAACAGAGGCCGCCAUCGUUCAAGAAAGCCUGUGGAAUCCGUUAACGGGCCAACUACUACUACUGCUGCUGCCAAAGUGUCUGCCUCGGCCUCGGUGAUUUCUAACAACUCCACCGGUAUCAGCCACUUGCUUCAGCAAACGCACCACCAACUUGCCAACAAAAUGCAGCCUGGUGCUACACCUAAUCUUGCAGCAUAUUCCCAAGAUAGCAGAAGUUUCUUAAACAAGGGAAAUAUGAUGCCCGAAAAACUUAAAGAUGUAACAAGCAAUUCCAUGUUACCGCCUUCAACAGUUAACCUUAAACAGAACCCACUUUCAGAAUUCGGGCUAGUUUGCUCAGAUUCCUUGCUCAACCCGUUAAUCAAAACCGAAAAUGGAGUUCAAAAAUCCCAAAACUCUCUUCAUCAAUUCAUGGACGAUUGGCCACAUUCUGACAAAACACAGCUCUCGAUAGCAAUCCCAAUAGCUUCUUCUGAUUUCAUGUCAUCAAACUCACCCCAAGUCAGUGAAAGACUCAACUUUUCACCUCUAAAAAUGGGACUGGGAGUGGGUAAUGCAACCAACUCAAAUGUAUUCGAUGAGAGGUCACAACAAGGGAAUUGGAUCCCAGUUUCUUGGGAAACCUCAAUGGGCGGGCCGUUAGGUGAAGUCUUGAACCACAGUUCAGCCAGCAGCCCAUCGGCGCUAAAUCUAAUGACAGAUGGUUAUGAAAAUAGCCAACAGAUGACAUUAUCUCCAACUGGGGUCUUGCAAAAGACUGCUUUCGGUUGUUUUUCAAAUAGCAGUGCAGGAAGCAGCCCAAGAACGGAUAACAGUCUUCUUGGGUCGACGCUCAUCACUUCCUCGUUACCUUUGUUGUAAACAAAUCCUAAAUCAAAAAAAUACCUAUGUUUAUGUUAAUUUAAUUAUGUUAAGUAUGUGGUGCAAAACUUUUGCCAGAAAAACAAAAAUGUUGUGGGUACCAAAAAUGAAGAGUAUGAAUUAUGAAUGCAAUAUUUGGUUGGUGGGAAGCA